AUGAUAAGUUCGUCGGCCAGGUCUGGUGGAUUUAUUGGAUCUAAAUUUGCCUGGAUGGCUUGUGAAAACAAAAUCGGGAAUAACAAGAGAGGGCGGGUCAAGGGACCUCCUCCAAAUCUCACACCCGAAUAUAUUGCUGAGCAGAGAGCCAUUCGAGAAGCAAAAAAACAAGCCAAGAAGGCGAAGGCUGAACAAGAAGCGAAAGUUGAUGGUGCCAAAAUAAUUACGGAGGAAGAUGAAGAUUAUUCCUUCAUUAAAAGGCCAUUUCUAACAGUUCCGGGUGCAGUAUUGGAAGACGCGUCGCGAAGUUUUAAGUUUAUGACAUACAACGUUCUGGCUCAGUCGUUAAUUCGAAGGGAAUUGUUCCCUGAGAAUGGGGAUGCCUUGAAAUGGGUAUGGAGGAGACAGGUUUUGGCUAAAGAAUUAGAGUAUUACUUGCCAGAUGUUCUCUGUAUGCAAGAAGUUGACACUGAUCACACAAAAGCGUUUUGGCAUCCGUUACUCGAGUCGUUUGGGCACGAGAAUGUUUUUACUACUUUUCCUGGAAAGAAACAUGGUCUAUCUAUCUCAUAUUCAAAAAAAAAGUUUAGAUUGGUUGAUCAAGCUACAGUGUUUUAUGACGAAUUUUACAUCAAGGGGGUGCCAGUUAUGGCGAAGACCAGAAAUAAUGGAAUGCUGGUUGCUUUGGAAUUGAUAGAUGAUCGAGGUGAGCCCAAAGGUACAGGUAUAAUUGUCACUAACUGCCAUAUGUUCUGGCAUCCAAAGGGGUCAUAUGAACGUACUAGGCAAUUGGCAAUUCUGAUGACGGAAGCAAUAAAGUUCAAGGAUAAAUAUAAUUGGCCUGUAUUGCUGGGAGGGGACUAUAACAGUGAAUGCUUCGAUACCCCUUACAUUUGUGCUACAAGCAAAAGGCCGGUCGUCUUAGAUGAAGAGUCGAAGGCUAUUUUAUUGGAAAGUGUCUCCAUACUGAGACCUAAGUUUGGGAAGGACUUGGUGAAAGUCGAAAGUGUCAACGGUGAUGGACAGGAGGAGAUCGAAUCGUUGGUGCAAUAUUUUAAUAACCUACCAUACAAAGCUACAAGUGUCUAUGGCUCAGCAUAUAUGUCAGUUCACCCAGAGAAUAUCCAUCCUAGAAGUGAAGGUGAACCAAAUUUCUCUAAUUGGGCACACGCUUGGAGAGGACUUCUUGACUAUAUUUUUGUACUUGAAAACAAAAAUCAAACACCAUCAAAAGAACCAAGUAGAGUUAGUCCGGAAGUUAAGGUCUUGGAGUUAUUACGACUUCCUUUACGUGAUGAGAUGGGACCCGAACCUAGCGGACAGCCUCGUAAGGGACAAUAUCCUAGUGACCAUCUGUGUAUUAUGGCCAAGCUCGAGAUUUAG